AUGCCCGCUCGAAAAUCGAUUCACUGGUAUUUGAGCUGCUGCGAAAGUUGAAAGAACAGAAGGAUAGGAAAAGUAGCGAAAAUUCAAUCGAAAAGGUUCGAUAGUUUUUUAGACGACGUUCAAGAUCUUUCUUCUAGAAUCGACAAAUACGACGGAUAGUGUGUGGAGCUCACGAAACACUGAAAUUCGUACAAUCUGGGAAAGUUAAAAUAGUCUUCUAUGCGAAAAACUUCGAUGAAAACAACAUCCGAGGUUGGCAUUCUGAAUAACCUUCCGAAUCCAAUUUAUUUUAGCCGCUUCAAACUUCCAUUCUCUUCAAAGGAUAUGCCCGAUCGAGCAAAUUCCGAUGAUCGAAGCGCUGACAAGAAAGGAGAUGUCUCGAAUCGUGAACAAGUUUCCAUACGUCGGCGUUAUUGGUAUAAUGGAAUUGAGUAACUGCGAGGUGAAAACAAUGAGAAAGGGCGCUUCAAUUCAUUCAGUGAUUGCAGGAAGAAUACCAAACAAUUGUGUCCGAAUGGCGACGGAGUGACGCGUUCAAGUUAUUCCACAUCGAUCAAUCGUCUCUUCUUCCGUGA